CGUCUCUUCACGUCCAAACAAAUCAAUCGCUGGGGAACCAAUCUGCGAAAAUAUUUUUUUCUUACAUUUCUUUUUUUGGGACAAUUAUUAAAGUGGCACCUUAAAAUAUAUAUUAACAGUUUCCACGCAGAGCAGCUGUACUCAAAUAAUGACUACUAGCUUUUGCACAAUCGAUAAUAUUAUCGUCUAACGCAACAUUACAAAACUGUAGCUACUGAUUUCCUGGAAUAGUCAUAACCCUGCAGGAGCUCAGGUGCCAGGUUUGUUUAAAAAGUGAGCAUCUGAAGCCAAGCCAAAAUGACAUGCCCAACCCGAGACAUCCCCAUCCACAGCUGGCCAGGCUCCUACUACAUCAACAGUGAGAAACGCUGGGAUGCCGGCACCCUGUCCCUGACCCGCACCAUGCUGCGCUUCACCUCAGACCAGAGCAAAGAGAACCUGGUUGGCUUCCGCCUCUCAAGGAUCAUGGAGAUCAAGAUGGAGUCGUCCAGCUUCAUCUUCAGCACUCUGACCGUGUUGGAGCAUGGGAAUAUCAAGCACUGGUUCGGCUCGCUGAGGCCCAACCGGGUGGUGGUCUACAAUGUCCUGGAGCAUUUCUGGAGGGAGAGGUUGUUGUCCCCAUCUGCUGAGGUUCAGCGGGCCGAGGCACAGCCGACCAAGGGGAGGGAGCUGAUUAACCUGGUUGCGGGGGCUCAGAGACGGCUAGAGGACACAGGGAAUGUCCUCCACCACCAGGGAGAGCAGUUUGAUAACGUCAUGCAUGGCCUAGGCAAGAUCGACUCUGAUCUGGGCGUGGCAGACAGGCUACUGUCUGAACUGGAGUCUCCCCCUUGGUGGCCUUUUGGCAAACUACCCUGGAAGAGUCAGCAGGAUGUCAAGGCUGAGCAUGCUGCCAGAGAGGCUGCUUGUAAGGGUACAGGAACAGGCAAGCACAGAGUGAUCACCAGCGUACCAGCCAUCGUCUCCAGAGGUGGAGACUCAGACCUGAAGCCUGGUUGCUUGAUGGUGAUGGUCUCCUCAUUAGAAGUCCGAGACACAAACUAUGUGCUCCUCCACCGCUUUCAGAGGGAUGAGGUGGAUGACAUCCGGGUGCACAAUCCGUAUGAGAUCAGUGUGAGGCAGAGGUUCAUAGGGAAGCCAGACAUAUGCUUCCGACUCCUGUCGGCUAAGAUGCCGGAGGCCAUGUCAGUGCUAGAGAUGCAGUAUAAGAAGAAGGUGGAGUACACAAGUGAGUACUCUGCCUUCAUGACGACCCCAGCUACGACUCCAUGUGACCAGGAUCAAGGUUCAAUAUGGAAUGCAGCAGGCCUGCUGCAGUACCAGGAGACAGAGGUCCCCAUGACAGUCCCAGCAGGAGAGCUGUCCCAGGUGCAGGUGCAUGUCCUUAAGCCAGAGGUCACUCAGGCUGAGGCUCAGGAAAUCCGACAGAUGCUGAUGCAGCUGAAAAACCUGGCUCUGGAGGCUGAGACUGAGCUGGAGAGGCAAGACGAGGCCCUGGAUAUUCUGACCAGCUCUACGGACCGGGCCACUAUGCACAUAGACAAACACACCUGCCGCAUGAAGAGGCUGCUGUAGUUCACACAGCAGCCAACCGGCUCACUACAGCGCAAUCCAGAAAUGUGCUUUGCAGGUGUCAGUAAAGCCAUCCCCUCCCUCCCUGCACAUGGUUUCCCUCCAGCUCCAAGUGUUGCAUGUCCCCAUGUUGCUGCAGAGUAAGGGAUGCAUCGAGUGGGAUCACUGUAUUAUAAUCCAGUUUGCAGUGGGUAUGUAACAAAGUCCCUUGAAACUGUGUCCCUUGAAAUUCACAGAAUACUAUUCGGUCACUUCCUAUUCUAUAAUGUACAGUACAAGAAAAAGCAGACGGCAACUCACAAUCUUGCUAACAUUGACACUGGAUUUGGGGAUAUCGGUAUGAUCUUAUUUGUAUGAAUGACUUGUAUACUUCUAUGCUGUACUCUGUGUUGUACUGUAAUUUAUUUAUCGUCUAUUUAUCGUUGAUAAACUGUGAUUUAAACCCGAAA